AUGGAACCUACCAAGAAACAUCUCACAAAGCUGCACACCACUGAGAUGCGCAUGUUACGCUGGCCAGCGGGCGUCACCAGGCUCGACAAAAUCAGGAACGAAUAUAUCAGAGGUAGCUUUAAAAUCGCCCCCAUAGUUGAAAAAGUCCAAGAAAAACGUUUGCGCUGGUAUGGACACAUCCUCAGGCGCCCUGAAGACCACAUGAUGCGAGUAGCCCUAGACAUACCAUCAACGAAGCAUGGCCGCGGAAAGCCCUCCGCCACUUGGCUAACGACGGUCCAAAAAGACCUGAAACAAGCAAAUAUGAACCCAGAUAUCGCCCAAAAUCUCCCAGAAUGGAGAAAACGGACAAGGAGAGCCGACCCCAGAUGA